AUGGACAAUCAAAUAAUGAAUAAUUAUCGUGAACAAUAUCGAUUUAAUGAUCCAACUAAUGGUAAUUCGAUUCGAUUAACAAUACUAAAUCGAAUUUAUUUUGUUGAUAUUUCAAGUCUUUAUAAAUGGAAUUUCGAAUCUUUGGAAAAAUUUUUAAUUAAUUUUCCAACGAAUAUAAUACAUGCAUAUUUACGUUAUCUACAUAAUGGUAUUUUUAUUAUUGAUUAUGAUUAUCUUCCUUGGUUAAAACGUUUUAUUGAUUCGAUACAAAAAUUUGAUCAAUUAUUUUAUAAUUCAGCCAUGGCUAGUAAUAUUGACCAUCAGAACAAACAACAAAAACAAAAACAACAACAACAACAACAACAACGACAACAAGAAAAUGAAAAAUUUUUGAUAAUAAAAAGAUUACAAAUUUCUAAUGAACAACAACCGGAAAUGGUACAAACUUCACCUUUACCACCAACAAUAUUUAUACCUCAACAAUCCCCGGUAAAGGUUGAAAUACCCAAUGAAAAUCCUGUGACAUAUUUCGAUCAAUCAUCAAUAUCACAAUUACCGUUACCAUUACCAUCACAAUCACCGGCGCCGUUAUCAUCAAUUUCACCAUCACCAGUGCCAAUACAAUGGCCAUUACCGUUACGACCACCAUCGCCAUCACCAAUGCCGUUACAAUGGCCAUUACCAUCUCGACCAACAUCGCCAUCACCAGUGCCGGUUCAAUGGCCAUUGCCAUCGCAGCCACGAUCGCCAACGCCAUCGCAAUCACAAUCGCAAUCGCCAUUGCCACCACCAAAACCACAAUCACCAACGUCAGCACCAUCACCAGUGGUGGCAACCCUACGAAAAACAACGAUUCGACAAAAAAUAGCAUCACCAACAUCCAAAGAAGAAAAAUCGGAACCACCUACAACAAAGAUUGUUCAACCUAUACAACCACUAUUGAAUCGAAUAGAAGAUUAUACACAAUGGCCAAUUUUGAAUGAUAUUUGUAAUUAUGAUCCAAGAUUUUUGACAGAAAAUUUAGAACAAAUAUUCAUUUGUGAUAGUGGCCGUAUAGCCAUCAUUCAACAAUUAUUUAUUAAAAAUUUUGGAAUGACAAACGAAAAUCAACAAUAUCAUACGGCAAAAUCAAAUAUGAUGUCGGUAAAUCAUUAUCUUAGUUAUCGACAUACAGCAUGGUUUGCUACAUAUGUUUAUGAACGUAGUCCAAUGGUACCAUGGAUUUAUCUAGAUCAUCUUGAUCAAUCACGUCGUAUUGUUUGGAUUUCCUAUGAUAAUGGUUGGUUAUUUACAUUGGAUAAUCAACAUUCUCUUCGAUGUCGAAAUAUUUUUGUAGCAAGUUUUACUGCAAUACCAGCUAUGAAUGAAAUUGAUUGUGUUGAACGUUUUCGAAAGUUAUUUCCAUUGAAUGGCCAAAAAGAAUGGCCAAAUAUUAAACGAUUUUCUUCUGGUGAAGGUUAUACAUUAUUAUUAUCAAAAUCGAAUGAAUUAUUUUUAUGGAAAUGGACAACAAAUCUUUCAGUUAUAUCAAAUCCUGAACGAUUACGUAUAUGGGAAGGAUUUCUUACACAUGAAGAUUUUGCCAACACAUUAUUCACUGCAGAAGAUAGUGAUGAUGAUCGAAAAUUAAUUGAUAUUGCUUGUUUUCAACAAGGAUUUGCAUUAUUAACACCAGGAUUAAUAUUUUUAUUCGGUCGUAUUAGUCCACGACUUGAUUAUGGAAGAGAUUAUCUACCGAUUAUUAUACGUGAUACGUUCAAUCGGAUAAUCGAUUUUGAACAAAAAACAUCAAAUGAACCAUUAAAAUUUGCAAAAAUUUUUGCAACACGUAAUCGUCUACUAUUAUUAAGUGAAGAUGGACAACUUUUUUUCCUACAAGUUGAUUUAUUUGAAGGAGAUGAUCCAAAUACCUAUCGAUUACCUAAAGUUCAUCCACCAUUAUUUCCAAUAAUGCACGAUCAACGUAUGCGUGUUACCGAUGUAUUUUCUGCAAAUGAUUGCUAUAAUUUUCUUGCAACAAUAACCGAUAAAUAUCAUAAAAAUCGUACACGUAUUCUAGUAUUUUUAAGUAGACAAUCGGAAAAAACGGGUUUAGAAUAUCCAUUUUGUAGCCUAGUUGAAACAUAUGGCCGUUCUAUACCGGAUGCAUUUUCAUUAUGGAUUAAUGGUGAAACACCAAUGUUAACAUCAUUACCACCAUCAAUAAGUCCAACAACUUUACAGGAACAAUGUCAAGGAUUUCAGGAUCCAAGUAAUCCUAGUCAUGAAAUAAUUUCUAUACAUGGUCGUGGAUUCUUUGUAGAUCAACGUCGUGUUGAUCUAUCAAGAAAAUGGCCAGCCGAAAGAUUUACAGAAAUAUUUUCACAAUAUCCAAUAAAUUUUGCACAUGAAUAUCUUCGAUAUCUUCAUACUGGACGUUUUGAAUUGGAUUCAUCAUUUAAUCAAUUACAAAGACGUUUUUUUGCUGAUAUUCAAGGUUUAGAUCCGAAAUUAUUCGAAAAAAUGGCCCUACAAAGUUGA